AUUCAGGGUCAAGAAAGAUGUGGCUGCUAAAUAUGGCAUUCCUCCAAACAUUUUUUCCACCAUUUUAAAGGACAAACAAAAGAUUUUGAGCAGCUUUGGAUCGGGAGCAGACUCUUCCAGUAAACGCGCAAAAACGUGUGCAUUUCCUGACGUAGAAGCAGCAUUUCUGAAGUGGUUCGAAACCCACCGAAGCAAGAACAUUCCCCUCAGGGAAGUGUUGUUAAAAGAAAAAGCAAUGGACUUCGCUCGCCUGCUGAACGUCACAGGAUUCAACGUCAGUACGGGAUUGCUGGACAAAUUCAAAGACAGGAACAACAUCGUGUUCCGUACCUUACACGGACAAGCAAAGGAUGUUCCAGAUGAAACAUGCGAGAAUUGGAGGAAGAGUUUGCCACAUCUUCUGCAGUCAUAUGCACCGAAAGAUGUGUUCAACUUGGAAGAAACCGGACUCUUUUUUGAAUGCAUGCCUUGCAAGGCAAUAAUGUUUCGUAGUGAGAAGUGCUCUGGUGGCAAGCUCAGCAAGGAAUGGUUGACAAUUCUGGUGGGCACGAACGCCAAUGGGACUGAAAAACUUCCGUUGAUGGUCAUUGGAAAGGCAAAGAAACCUCGGUGCUCAAAAAAUGUCAAAUCCCUGUCCGUGGAGUAUCAUGCCAAUCCAAAAACUUGGAUAACUUUGAACUUGUACAAGACAUACAUCCGGAAACUAGAUUCAAAGUUUUUCAACCAAAACAGAAAUUUGUUACUCAUCCUACACAACUGCACUGCUCACGGUGAUAUCGCAAACUUGUCCGCGAUCAAUGCAAGUGUAGAUGACAAUGAAGCGGAAGCCGACGAUUGGGAUCUCUUUGAAGGCAUGGGUGAUAUGGACUGGGAACAGUUAAAAGAUUUCAUGUGCAUCGGUGACAACAUCGCACCAUACAGGAGACGAUGA